CAGCGAAUUCAGCACGAAAGUCCGUGCUCUGAAAAGAUCAAGUCAGCAGAACCGAAGGCAAAUAUUCCCUCUAAAAUUUGACCAAGAUUUUAUGUGGAUCCAGGCAAAGACUCCUCACAAAGCAAGUACUGAGCGAUUGGCAGACGAUCUAUAUUGCUUGUUAGCUAGCUAGAUGUUGUUUCAUCAAGCCAUCGAGCUUGUGGCUGGUUAUUAGCGUAGCUAGCUGGCGAACUAAUCUUAGGAAAGCAUGGAUUUCAACGUUAGAAGAUUGGCAGCGGACGCUGGCACGUUCCUGAGUCGUGCGGUACAGUAUACUGAGGAGAAGCUCGGUCAAGCUGAGAAGACUGAAUUGGACGCCCACCUUGAGAACCUGCUUGCUAGGGCAGAAUCCACAAAGCAUUGGACGGAGAAAAUUAUGAGGCAGACGGAGGUUUUACUGCAGCCUAACCCAAAUGUCCGAAUGGAGGAAUUCCUCUAUGAGAUGCUGGACAGGAAGGUCCCGACUCGGGCUAACAACCACGAGCUGCUUGGAGAGUGUAUGAUCGACUCGGGGCACGAGUUUGGACCUGGAACAGCGUACGGAAGUGCCCUGAUUAAAUGCGGAGAGACUCAGAAACAGCUUGGAAGCGCAGAGAAAGAAUUCAUUCAGAGCUCAGCCAUCAAUUUCCUCACACCUUUUAGGAACUUCAUCGAGGGAGAUUACAAAACUAUUUCUAAAGAGCGAAAGCUGUUGCAGAAUAAGAGGCUGGAUUUGGAUGCUGCUAAGACCAGGCUGAAGAAGGCCAGAGUGGCCGACGCCCGUUCUGCCGAGCUUAACACAACCCCUCCGCUGGGUGAGGAGUACGUGACGCACUUUUCAUACAUGCUCAGCUUCUUGCAUGUCAGAUGGUUGAAGAUGUGGGCUGAGGAAGUAGAUCAGGCAGAAACAGAGCUGAGGAUAUCUCAGAGUGAAUUUGACAGACAGGCAGAGAUUACCAGACUACUGCUGGAGGGUAUCAGCAGCACUCACGCACAUCAUCUACGAUGCUUGAACGACUUUGUGGAAGCUCAGACUGCCUACUAUGCACAGUGUUACCAGUACAUGGUGAAUCUUCAGAAACAACUGGGAAGCUUCCCCUCCUCAUUUUCCUCCAAUAAUAAUCAGUCCUUAGCAAGUGCUUCCGGGGGCAUCUCUGUGCCCUCAGCGCCCGCAGCCACCGCCUCCCUGCCCCUCCCCGCCCCUGGCCAGGCCUCCCCUGCUCUCAACGAACUGCGUAGCAACAGUGGCACGCGAAAGGCCCGCGUUCUCUACGACUACGACGCCGGCAGCAGCACCGAACUCUCUCUGCUUGCCGAUGAGGUGAUUACAGUCAGCAGUGUGCCAGGGAUGGAUUCUGAUUGGCUGAUGGGUGAACGGGGCAAUCAGAAAGGCAAAGUGCCUAUCACUUACCUGGAGCUUCUGAACUGAGUAGUGUGUGUGUGUGUGCGUGUGUGUGUGUGUAUUUGUGUGUGUAAGAGAAAGAGAUUGAAAGACCUGAUCAUGACACCACAGAUGUGAUUCAGGAAAGGGUCACACUCCAUAAAUUGUGUGUGUGUGUUUGUGUUCAACUCAUGUAGUCCAAAGCAAUAGCAGGUCUUGACUGCCAUCUCUCACAUGUGCCUCCGUUGCUACUUGGGGCUCAUUUGAAGUGGACCUGUGGUCAACAGUAGCUGCCUCACAGACUGCCAUCCAUGAUUUUCAUUCAUGUGCCAAACUGAAUUUUUUUUUUUUUUUUCCCCCAGACUAAACUAACUCUAAUUGCCAUAAUGUGCUGUAGUGCUUUAAAUAAAUAUUAUUCUGUGU